GGACCUGCGUCCUCUCACUUAUUGUGCAUCUCCGGUUGCGUGAGUGGAACCCACAAUGGUAUAUACAAAAGUACUUUUGGGAUGAAAGUUGCUCCUCUUUUGGACAUAAAUCCUCCUAAAGAAAAUGAGCUGGUGCGGAUGAGUCCCAAUAUUUUGGAAAUCUCCGUCUCAUUCGAUCCUCUCCGCUUUCCUACUUUCUAAAAAAUUAGCUAUUCAGCUUCAAUCAGCUCACGGGUACAGAGACGCGGAAAGGGUAGUCAGAGAUUUCCCAUGGCAGCUUCAAAGCUCCAAGCUUUUUGGAACCACCCGGCAGGACCCAAAACCAUUCACUUUUGGGGCCCGACUUUCAAGUGGGUUAUCAGCAUAGCCAAUGUCGCUGACUUCUCGAAGCCACCGGAAAACAUCUCUUACCCUCACCAAUGCGUCGUUGCUUGCACUGGAGCUAUUUGGUCACGCUACAGCUUGGUGAUUAAGCCGAAAAACUGGAAUCUCUUCUGUGUGAACCUGGCGAUGGGUGCGACUGGGAUCUAUCAACUGUCUCGGAAAUAUCUGCACGAUCGCGCUUCCGAAACAGAGAAGGCCGUGGCUGUGGCUGAAGAAUGAUCGGUGGGAUAAUCUUCUUCAUUAAGACUCUUGUUUGAUGUUAUGGGCGACAGAAGUAUGAUUAUUUUGGUUGAUGGGCCAUUCAUUCAGGAAUAUUAUGUUUAAGAACGAAAAGUAUAAUUUAUAGGUGCUCUUUAACUGUGUCGUGUAUUUCCAACACUUUCGAGCAGAGUCUUGAUUUUUCGUA